AUGGGUCUCACCUUCUCCAAGUUGUUCGAUCGCCUAUGGGGCAAGAAGGAGAUGCGAAUUCUGAUGGUUGGUCUUGACGCCGCCGGUAAAACCACCAUCCUGUACAAGCUGAAGCUCGGUGAAAUCGUCACCACCAUUCCCACGAUUGGUUUCAACGUCGAGACCGUCGAAUACAAGAACAUCCAGUUCACCGUGUGGGACGUCGGUGGUCAGGACAAGAUCCGUCCUCUCUGGAGACACUACUUCCAGAACACCCAGGGUAUCAUUUUCGUCGUCGACAGCAACGAUCGUGACCGUAUCGUCGAGGCCCGCGAGGAGCUGCAGCGCAUGCUGAACGAAGACGAACUCCGUGAUGCUCUCCUCCUGGUCUUCGCCAACAAGCAAGAUUUGCCGAAUGCCAUGAGCCCGGCCGAGAUCACCCAGCAGCUUGGUCUGCAGAGCCUCACCCGCCGCCCCUGGUACAUCCAAUCCACCUGCGCCACGACCGGAGAUGGUCUGUACGAGGGUCUGGAGUGGCUCGCCGAGACGCUCCGGAAAACGAACCGCGACUAA